AUGAUUGAUGUAUUUAGUAUUAGGGACAGGAACUCAGAAUAUACUGACUUAAGUGGAAAUCAAUCUAGAACUUAAAAAUCUGCAUUGCCUGAAAUUUCAUUUCCUUAAAAUAACAUUGUAGUCUCAUCAUGUCAACAGAAUUUAGAAAAUUUAAUUAAAGCUCAAGGUGAUUGCAUUGAAAUCAACCCAGAAACUGAAAGGAUAAGGAAGGAUACAGAUUAAAGAAGGGAAAUUUUAUUAACUUAAAAGGGAAAACAAAAAUAUAAAGUAACAUUUCGAGAUCAAAUCCCGGGUUAAUCUUUAAAAGAAAUAAAAUACUAUAUAAAGGAACCUCCAUAAGAUCUUGAUGAAUGUUGUCCUUGUAAGAUCUUCUGA